AUGACUACACUCACGUGCAGUGCACAAGAUAAUCUGAGUAGGUACAUUCAAUCAGUGCUUAUGCUACAGAUUCGCGAUAUUUUAUGGCCUAUAUUCGAACAUGCUUUCAAAUUGAAGAUAAAAAAUCUUAUUUUAUUCGAAAAUCAUGAGAGCGUGCUUUUUCUGAUAAUUUUAACUGGAUCAUCAUUGUAA